AUGAUUUUAAAUAACCACUUUAGGUCGCUUAUGUGCAGAGGUCGUAGAAAAAAAAUAGCAAGUUUAGUGUUCAUUUUGAUAUUUUUGAUAAAUGCUAUGUUCUAUGUGAGCUUGGAACUAUAUAACACUAUAAAAAAAAGAAAUAAAAGCUCUUGGUAUAAAAACAUUCAUUAUGAUCAAAACUCAUAUGUGGAUAAAACUGGUAUGAGAGUCAUUGUAGGACAUUAUGUUGGAGGAAAUUCUGGAGGCAAUUUGUCUGAAGAAACAGUCAAUACAAAUCACUAUGCCCCAGUAGAAGGUGCUGGAGAAGGGGGCCGCCCUGUUCAAUUAUCACAGAGGGAAAUAAUCCCAGCUAGGGAGAUGUAUGCAUUACAUUCGUAUAACAUUAUUGUUAGUGAUAGAAUAUCAAUUAAUAGAAGUCUUCCAGAUAUGAGAAGUGAGAGUUGCAGAAGUGUUCAAUAUGAUUUAGAUAAUUUACCAACAGCAAGUGUUAUUAUAGUCUUCCAUAAUGAAGCCUGGUCUACUCUUAUGAGAACUGUGAUGUCAGUAAUACUAAGAUCUCCGACAAUAUUGUUAAAAGAGAUAAUUUUAGUAGAUGAUGCUAGCGAUCGAAAGUAUUUAGGUAAAGAGUUAGAAAAUGCCAUAGUGAAUUUGAACAAUGUGCGCAUUUUGAGGAGUGCGAAUAGAACUGGAUUAGUGGGAGCAAGGCUCAUGGGUGCAAGACAAGCUGUAGGAGAUGUUCUAGUGUUCUUAGAUGCUCAUUGCGAGGUAACACUCGGCUGGCUGGAGCCUCUACUAGAUCGCGCGGGUAGCGACGAUGUUUUCAUAUGCCCACAUAUAGACCUCCUCAAUGAUGACACACUCGCAUAUACCAAAAGCAUCGACGCACAUUGGGGAGCUUUUAGCUGGCGUUUACACUUUCGCUGGCUAAUGCCGAGCAACGAGGUAAUGAUAAACAAGUCUAAUAACCCUUCAAAACCUUACCCCACUCCAGCUAUGGCUGGGGGUUUAUUUGCUGUUAGAAAGAGCCUAUUUUGGCGUUUAGGGGGCUACGAUGAAGGUAUGAUAAUUUGGGGCGCGGAAAAUCUAGAACUUUCCUGGCGAGCCUGGCAAUGUGGAGCAAGAGUUGAAAUAACAUCGUGUUCCCGUGUCGGCCAUAUCUUUAGACGGCAUAGUCCAUAUAAAUAUCCGGGCGGUGUUGCCAAAGUUUUAAAUUCAAAUCUCGCUAGAGCAGCAACCGUGUGGAUGGAUGAAUGGGCUGACUUCUUCUUCAAAUUCAACCCUUCAAUAGCCGCGAUACGUGACACCCAAAAUGUUGCCAGUCGAAUUGAAAUCCGGAAAAAUUUGGAGUGUAAAAGUUUUAAAUGGUAUUUGGAGAAUGUGUGGCCACAACACUUCUUUCCUACGGACGAUAGGUGGUUUGGAAGGGUUCGUAACGACAAAGGUGGUUGUCUUGGAGUGACGUCGGGCACUCCAGGCUUGGGAGGACCAGCUUCGACUGUUAGUUGUGGGAGUGACCUGGAUUUAGAUAGACUUAUAGUGUAUACUAUUGAAGGAAAAAUCAUGGCUGAUGAGGGUUUAUGCCUGCAGCAAGGUAAUGGACGGGCGGUAUGGAAAACUUGCAAUGACAGCGCAAAACAAAUAUGGCAACAAAAAGGUCCGAGACUUAAAACAAUAGAUGGGUUAUGUUUGACAUCAUUACCCACAGAUGAUGAAAGUCUGGGUAAUCCCCUGACAUCAAAGCGGUGUAUCAAUGACAAUAGACAGAUAUGGCAUUUUGAACGAGUGCCUUGGCGU